AGGAGCGUCUGAAGCCCCUUCAUUUGGUUCCGAGCACAGCGGUGUUGGGUUUUAAACGGCUAUUGCUGUUCCCCCGGAGGCUGUGUCCGAGCCGCCUGAGGCUGGACACCGAAAGCAGAAGAAGCUUUGGAAAGAGCCGAGCUGCCGGCGGAUGUUCACAAAGUAUUAGCGUCGGGCUCCACUGCAGAUUGAUGAAACAUUCCUGAAUGGAAUUGGAUCAGUAGGAUAAUGCUAUAACUCUCAGGCAACAAAGUAAGCAUGGAUUCCAACAAGACGCAUGUGAAAAACAGCUGUCGAAUGACAUCUGAAAAUAUCCUUGAGAAGGACUGGUACGAAAUUCUGGGUGCAAGCCCAUCAGACAGUCUGCAGGAGCUCAGACAGAAUUAUCAGAGACUGGCCCUAUUGUAUCACCCGGACAAACAGAGUGCAGAUGUGCCAGUGGGAGAACUUGAGGAGUGCGUACAGAGGUUCAUCGAAGUUGAUCAGGCGUGGAAAAUACUAGGGAAUGAAGAGACAAAGAGAGAGUAUGACCUGCAGCGUCGUGAAGUGGCCAUGACACAGAAUUGGCCAGUUGAUGCUCAAGUCCCUUUGGAAGACAUGAAUUGGAUUGAAGCUGACCAGUGCUACACAUAUGGUUGUCGAUGCGGUGGUGAAUAUGUUCUUUCCAAAGAGGAGGCGGAAGAAAAUGUAUUUCUCCUCUGCUGCAACACUUGCUCUCUCAGCAUAGAGAUCUUGAAGAGAAGUUGAAGUAUUUCAGUUGUGUUUCCUUUAAUUUUUCAUUUAGAAGAUAUCGGCCACAGUACAGAAUGAAAACUAGAAAUGCCGACCAUAAUGAAUUACUGACAACUGCAGCUACCUAGCUGAGACGAAUUUUAACUGGCUGCAUCACUCGGAUUAAAACCAACAGUCAGAGUGUAAGUUUCAGUAAGUUGGGGGCCUAACUUUUCAGUAGCGGGGUUCUACAGUAAACAUGCCUCCCAGCACUCAUUUUGUACAGAUGCUCAGCAACAAGAUCUAUCCUACCAAGCAACAGAGAAUUAAUGAUGGGAAGAGUUUACAUGCAAUGCUUUCAAUUGUAGUAUACAGUACAGACAGCAAGCAUGCACCCAUGACGUGGCUUUGGAGCAGCGGCUCGGAACAAGCACAAGAGCUCUUGAAGGCAGAGAAGAUGGUGUCUCUCUGCCCCAGAGUUAACGUUUGAGCUCUGAUACCUUGUGUCCUACUGUGAAUAUGGAAGUUGUUGAAAUUAAUAAAGGUUGGAUAAUCUUGUUUAUCUAAAUUGUUGUAAUUUAUGCUUUAUGAUCUUAUAAAUAUUGAUUUUAUGGAUAUUCACUGGACAUUAAUGGCAUUUGUCCAUUAAUUUAAAAAAGGUCAUGUUAUUGAUUUUUGACCCAACAUGUUAAGUCCAACACAAUCUGUAAAUUUUUUUGUGCUUUUCCUGUUUAAAAUCUCUCACUGGAGCUUUCUAGCUGAUUUAUUGUAGGUUCAAGGCUGUCUCUUGUCCACUUGUCAGAUUUCUUCUUAAUUGUUUAUGAUCUAUAACAGGAUCAUAACACUAUUUAAAUACAACAUGGAAGCUUUGCUGACUAAAUUUAAUAUAAAAUCUGUCACAGUGAGACAGAAUAUGAUCAUCUUUCUUACUCGAUCAAUUGUAGAGAUAACACAUUCAUUUGAAUAUAACAAAUAUUUUAUUGUUGAAGAGCAACACAAUUUUCUACAAUUCGGUUUCUAAGUCUACAAAAAUCAAUGCAGAAAUUUAAAAUGUUUUCUGACGCCAAAGAAAAACCACAAGCUAACAGGAGUUUACAGAACAGAAGGAGGUAAUUUAGUACAUUGUGUCUGUGUUGGUUCUUUACCAGCUUAAUCCCACAAUCACAAGUAUAGUCAUUCGUAAAUGAGAAAAACUGGUUGACAUUGACCCUGUUAUAGCACCUUUUUGGUAUCUGAAGUUAACAUUCAACUGAGCAUAUUUGGCACUUUGAGGUAUGUAGGCAGUAUGAGAUGUGGUAUGCAAGAGUGCCUGCAAUCCUUUAGUCACUUGAAUGCUUCAAUCCACAUCGUAUGGAAGAAAAUAUCAUUAGAGACGACAUUUGCUCUACAAGGUUACCUAUUCUAGCAUGAACAAUCAGAGGUUAGUGACAGAGCAAAGGUAGUGAUGGCAGGCCCAGUGCUAGCAGAUAUAAACAGUCACUGGCAUUUUGGUGGGGUUCACUGGUUUGGGGGUGGGAAUGAGCCAGCCCAUUCAGUCCAGUAAUAUGCUGUCUAUAUAGGAUUUUGUCUGGUACCUGGACAGGUUCCAGCCAGACAGAUGAAGUCCAGCUUGGAGCAACACAUUAUCUAUUAUUGCUGAUUUCACCUUCCAUUUUGGCAUUAUAAACAUGGCAGAUUAUAUUCCAAUGAAUAGGGUUCUGUAACAAAAAGCAAGAGGCCCACAACAGAAGAAAUCAAAACUCAAAACCCUGAAGGAAUUUGAAAUUAUGGGGAUUACUCAGUGUAGAAGCACAGAAACACGAGAUAAGGCAUCCCGAGGUCUAAGUCCUACCAUAACAUGCGGAAUUUGAGUACCAGAGCCAAAUACUGAACCAAAAACAUUGUCAUAUAUUUUCUGGUUAGGGACUAAACUUCAGGAUCUGCCCAGCACUAAUCCUGAGCAAUGAUCAAUUUAAACCUAAAGCUGAAUAACUUUCAUCCCUGAUGAUUUCCUGUGAUCUCAGACAACAGCAGCACAUGUGGAAUGUGGGGGUUGGGGGGGCAGUGACAGUAGUCUAGUGGUUAUGUUACAGGAUGAGCAGUCCAUAGGCCUGAGCUAAUAAUUCAGAGAACAGGAAUUCAAAUCCCACCACAACAGUUAGAGAAUUUGACUUCAGUUUAAAAAGAUAAUUCUAUAAACAAAAAGUUUAUAUGUUAAAAUGAAUAUAAAGCUGUCAAAUUGUCAUAAAAACCCAACUGGUUUGCUAAUACCCUUAUCCUGUGUGGGACUCCAGUCCCAGAGCAAUGUGGUUGACUCUUAACUGUACUUUUUACAGGGCAGAUGACCUACUGCCUGUUCUUGACUUCACUUUCGCCCUGUAAAUGUGGGGAGAAGAGGUAUACAAAAGCUGUUUCAUUGUCAACUGUGGAUCCUCAGCUUCUGUCCCUAAGUUGUCUCCUGACUAGAAAAUAGUUGACAAAUAUAAUUUUGGGUUUCUACUCAAUCAGAUAGUUACAGACAGAGGGAGCACAAAAGUACAUACUCCAGGUAUUGGGUCAUCUAGAAGAUCUUUUGUAGUCCAUAAUUGGUUUUCAAACAUCAACUGCAUUUGAGAUUUUAAUUUAAUAGUAGAUCAUAUCUGCAUGUUAUUUCAGGCAGUGUGGACAUAUAAAACUAGACAUGGGCCUUCAAUUGUGCAAACAGCAAACCUGCACCUUCUCCCACCACUAGUCAUCAGAUGCUUUAGGCAUCAUUGCGGUCCCAGCUGCUGGAACAUGACUCCUUUCUUUGUGAUCAUCUGCAAUCAGCCUUAGCCUGUCUGAAAUACCCUCAAUCAUUUUCAGAAAACGACCAUUCUUUCAUCCCAAUCCAUCCUGAGAAAUUCACUGUCCACGACUUUCCGACACCUCCUGUGUGCCUCACAUUCCCUUCUGUAGCAUGUAUUUAUCUUUAUUAUUGUACACAGUUCUGAUUACAGGACAUUGCUUUCGAAAAUCACCACCUGUGAUUUAUUGAUUGCUUGUGAAGUCUUUGGUUUUUGAGUUGUAUUUAAAUAAAAAAUACUCUGUUUGACUGAGAA